AUGUGGACCUCUUCGAGAACUCGAACGGGAAUCAGGGUGGACGGACAACCGAUAGAACUCGUCGAUGAGUUCUGUUACCUGGGCUGUACGCUGAAGAACAACGGCAGCUACGAGAGAGAUGUUCAGCAAAGAUUCGCUAAGGCCACUUCUGCAUUCAACUCCUUAACGGGAUGCCUGUGGUGGACCCCCAUCACCGACGAAGCCAAGCUGCGAGUUUACCUAUCCGCAAUUCGCCCCAUCAUGAUGUACGGAUUGGGCAGCACCAUCAACGGGAGACCGGCAGAUCGCCUUGUUCAACGAGUUCUGAGGAGUUCGUCUGGUUCGAGCUGGAAGAGGCCACCUGGUCAAAAAUGGAAGUUCUGGACUGAGGUGGUGAAAGAGGACCUGAGCGACGAAUGGAUUGAUUCUGUGCAAGCUCUCGCAGAAGAUCGAGAAGGUUGGGCAGAGCUGUGUUCAAGGACGGCACACCUCGGCGAAGAUGAGGGGGCUCGCGCAUACAAGUCUGAUUGUUACCUGCAAUUGGUGGCCCUGCUUUUACUAAACGCAAUCAGGCACCUGAGUAUACGCAUUGGGAACGUACGAGCUAUAUGA